UCUUUUUAUAUUUGGCGACGGCUCUUGGCAACAUGAGCCGUUCCCCUUUCUCAGCACCUGUUGCGUUGGAGCAGCUGACGGACGCUACGCCGGCUUUAAAAAUGGUUGACAGCAGUAGUGACGUCUUUAGUUUGCUGAAAAAGAUUUGCAGUCUUCAGGAGGAACGAGCAUAUACAUACAGACUUUUUGAAGAGGGCCACAAGAUAUACCUGUCGACUGCCCCCAACUACGACUUCCCCACUUUUCGGGAGCUGGUGCGUGAGGUGACCCAAGAGUUCAAGCGCAUCUCGGAGGGCAUGAUGGAUAUUGAGCGGCGGCUGAGGCUCAACUAUAAUUCGGGACACCUAGCAGAUUACGUGCGAGCCUUACAAGAAGAGGAAAAAGUCAAGCUGGAGCUGACAGCAAAGCUGCAGCUAGCCAAGCAGGAUCUGCUGGACAAUCCAGAGGAGUACAAGAACCAAGCCGAUGUGGCAUCCAUGAAGGCUAGGUUAAAUGAGGUUGUUGAACGGAUAAACGACAACCUCAUGGAACUCAAAUACGAAAUGAAUGGCAUGUAAAGGAAAACCAAGAAAUGUCUUUAGCUGCAUUCCUCAACAAGAAACACUUCCUCGUGUUGUACUUCUUUCAGCGUGUCUUUGCAUCAACUUGUUUGGGUAGAGAAUCUCAAAUUGGCUACCUUUAUCACCUUCGUCACCCGUAAUAUUUUUGCCAACGAAGCAUGCAUGCCAUUUUUUGAGUUCUUGCUCAUCUAUUUACCAAUAGUUCUUAAGUUGCAAUAGGCACUGGUUGUCAGUAAAAAGAAGCUUGUUUGUUUCUUUUAUCCUCUCUCAAUUUUCACAGAUGUCUCAAGGUGUGAACUUACUAGCGCACCAGAAAGCCACCUAGCAACAGUGUGCCACUCUGAGCAUUGUACCUAAAGAAAUUGUGUAAUGGCUAGUGCAGUGUUUCAUUUGGUUCGUAGAAGCAAUAGUUGCGAAUGAAACAAUUUAUGACUGCAUGGCAGUCCACUUUUCAGCACGCUGUUCGGGUGAAUUUUUCUAACUGCAUUAGUGUUUUCUUCAGAUACCUUGUAAUGGAAGUUUGCAUAAGUAUGUACAAAAUCACGUGAUGAAGUUUUUCAUAAACAUGUUGUGUAUUCGACAGCUUUGCCCUGCCAGCAUUUUCAGAGCUACUUCAACAGUUUCACGCCUGCCUAAAAUACUAUCAAAGUUCACCACUGCUCACUUUGUGAGGCCAUUUAUGACCACGGAACGCAUAUGCAAUAUUGCACUUCGUGAAUGUGCUCUAAAUUUUCGUACCAAUGUUCUCUGCUAUAUAUGGCGAAACAAGGAAUGGUCAGCACGAUUGUGACGAUUGUGUUGAAAGGGGGCCAAUGUGGAGGCAGUUUCUUUGUCAUUCUUUUGACAUGUCAUUUUGACGAGCAUUUUGUGAUAAAAACUCUUCACCUUUAUUGUGAAAAUAACACGAGAGAAUGUUUUGUUCUUCCUUUUCUUUCGGUCGUGCAUUUUCAUGUUUCAUGUGCAGAAGUUUUGUUCUGUGUGCCUUGUAAUUAAUUACAUCAAAUCACAAGAAAAGCAGACACUAAAUGUUUGCCAUGAGGAACUUGGCUUUGCUUUGCGGAUGUGAUAGAAGCUCCAAUGCACAGGUGCUUUUUUUUUUUUCAUUGUAUUGUUGAUACGAGGCUUUCAAGUAACAUCUGCCUCUGGAAGUAAAUAAAAGCUCAAGCAUAUGUAG